GAGGCGGUGCCAGGGCUGGGGGCGGAUUUUUUGAGAAAAAGCCUCAGCUCCUCAGAGCAGCGGCAGCCGCUGGAGGAGUUGGGCGGCUGUUUCUCCCUCUCCGCCCGGAGGAGGAGGAAGAAGAGGGAGAAGAGGAAGAAGAGACUUCAGCUACCGCCUCUCCGAUCCUCCCCCCCCCUUUCCCCUUCCGCCCCACACCUUUAUGGACGAGCGCCGGAGCUUGCUCCACUCUCCGGCCGCCUCCUCCGCCAGCCGGCAUCCGCGGGGCGACUCCACCAGCAGCCACCACAACCUGGGCUACAGCGAGCAGCUGCCCCCUGCCGCCCCCCGGCCCGUCCCCGAGCAAGAGGAGGAAGAGGGGGAAGAAGGGGAGGAAGGCAGCAUGACCGUGGUGGGGGGCGGAGGCGGCGGAGACCCUUUGCUGGAAGAACCGCAGCAUCCUCACCCUCUGCUCGGGGGGGACCGCUACGAUCACCCCCCGACCCCGGCCGCCGUCCCCGCCGGGCAGCCCGCGGGCGCCGGGGAGCACGAGUGCUGCGAGCGGGUGGUGAUCAACAUCUCGGGGCUGCGGUUCGAGACCCAGCUGAAGACGCUGGCGCAGUUCCCCGAAACGCUGCUGGGGGACCCGCGGAAGAGGAUGCGCUACUUCGACCCCCUCCGCAACGAGUAUUUUUUCGACCGUAACCGCCCCAGCUUCGACGCCAUCCUCUACUACUACCAGUCCGGUGGGCGCAUCCGGCGACCCGUCAACGUCCCCAUCGAUAUCUUCUCCGAGGAGAUCCGCUUCUACCAGCUGGGCGAGGAGGCCAUGGAGAAGUUUCGGGAGGACGAGGGUUUCAUUCGGGAGGAGCAGCGGCCGCUUCCUGACAAGGAGUUUCAACGCCAAGUGUGGCUUCUCUUCGAGUACCCCGAGAGCUCUGGGCCGGCCCGAGGCAUUGCCAUCGUCUCCGUCCUGGUCAUCCUCAUCUCCAUCGUCAUCUUCUGUCUGGAGACCCUGCCUGAAUUCAGGGAUGACCACGACUAUGAGGGAACUGGUGGGACCUUUGGGACGGGUGGUGCUCCUCUCCCACCUGACAUCUUCACCAAUUCCUCGUCCUCAGCCCCUUCCAUGGUGUCGUCCUUCACCGAUCCUUUCUUUGUAGUGGAGACUUUGUGCAUCAUCUGGUUCUCCUUCGAGCUGCUGGUCCGUUUCUUUGCCUGCCCCAGCAAGGCCACCUUCUCCAAGAACAUCAUGAACAUCAUUGACAUUGUGGCCAUCAUCCCCUACUUCAUCACGCUGGGCACCGAGCUGGCGGAGCGACAGGGCAACGGCCAGCAAGCCAUGUCCUUGGCCAUCCUCAGAGUCAUCCGCCUGGUCAGGGUCUUCCGGAUCUUCAAGCUGUCCCGGCACUCCAAGGGGCUGCAGAUCCUGGGCCAGACCCUCAAGGCCAGCAUGCGGGAGCUGGGUUUGCUCAUCUUCUUCCUCUUCAUCGGCGUCAUCCUCUUCUCCAGCGCUGUCUACUUCGCCGAAGCCGAUGACCCCAGUUCGGGUUUCAGUAGCAUCCCCGACGCCUUCUGGUGGGCGGUGGUGACCAUGACCACCGUGGGCUACGGGGACAUGCACCCCAUCACCAUCGGGGGCAAGAUCGUGGGGUCUCUCUGUGCCAUCGCGGGGGUGCUGACCAUCGCUCUCCCCGUGCCCGUCAUAGUCUCCAAUUUCAACUAUUUCUACCACCGGGAGACAGAGGGUGAGGAGCAAGCCCAGUACAUGCACGUCGGGAGCUGCCAGCACCUCUCGUCCAGCGAGGAGAUGAGGAAGGCUCGCAGCAAUUCCACCCUCAGCAAGUCCGAGUACAUGGUGAUCGAAGAAGGGGGAAUCAACCACAGUGCAUUCAAACAGGCUGCCUUUAAAACAGGCAACUGCACAACCACAAACAAUCCCAACUGUGUGAACAUCAAAAAGAUCUUUACGGAUGUUUAAAACAAACCAACCCAAAACAACAACAAACCAAAACCAAACAGACAGCGACAAAACCUGAGGAUGCGGUAAAACAAAUAACAGUAAUAACAAUAAUAAUGCAAAGUGACUGUGUACUCGGUGUUGUGUGGAACAUGCACCAUCGUCGGUCUGUGUGUGCCCUCGUUUUUAUACGUUUAUUUUUUUAGAUCCUUCCGUUCUAAAGAUCCAAAAAAAAGGAUUUAAAAUUCUCCUAAGAAGAGGACGGCUAAAGGGUAAAGAGAAGGAAGAUGACGAUGAAAUACACUCACCGUCGAAACAGGUGUUUGUUCUGCAACGUGUUGCGGGGCUGCUUUUGUUUUCUUGUGUUUUGGGGACAUGUCGCUUUGCUCCUGAAUCCCCCCCAUCCCCAAAGGCAGCGCGGAGCCGAUUCCUCUGCCGUGGCAUAAGCUCACUUGUUGGAUUAACAACCCCGGAUUGGGUGGGGAGACGAGGAAAACAUGUUGCAGAGCGCACUGGAAGGGGGCUGGGAGGAAAUAACCGUUUAAUUUCGCAGGGACUCUCUGUUACCACAUUGUUAAAUGAUGCUUAAUAUUGAAACCUGUGGUGUGCCAUUACAGGCACGUCACGGAUUCCCUUUUCUACCCCGUUAGAUCGUUUCUGAAAUUCUAAUCUGGUCAGAGACCGAGUGCAACCAACGCUGAUUUAAACAGAAAACAACCCAAAAGCAGCUCGUUUUCUAUUCUUCAUUCCCUCCCGCUGCAACCCUAUGGCACCAUUUCAUCCAGCGGCAAUCAGUGGCCGUGCAGCGGGUCUGCGUGCGGGAGGAGGGAGGCGAGAGGCAGCGAAUGGAUUUCGGGAGGCGCCGGUGCGCGGGGAGCGCUGCUGGCGGGGACGCGGGCUCUGCGACGGGCUCCUCGCCGCGGCCGCGGCUCAAACCCACCCGGCUGCAGACAAAAGGGAUAUUUCCUCCUUCUUUUUCUUUUUGCAAUGCAUUCGGGAGCGAUGCAGCCGCUCAUCACCAGAAGAUUAAAGUGGCGAACACGCCUUCCAGCGGAAGUCACUAAUUCAGAGCGGAGUGAUGCAGUUACCAUGGCGACCCUGGUUUCCUGGGAAACCCCCAAAGGUUGUCAUGGCAUCCCUGCUCCCAUCCCCCCCGCUCCUCGCUCUUCCCGCAAAAAACCUUUCCAGAUGGUUCCAUCCCGACGGACACCGCGGAUCUGCCCCGCUGCGUCACCCCACCCCGGCGCCCCCUCCCGCGCCACGUGCCCCCCGCGCCGAGCAAAGCGCCCGUAGGCAAUAAGCACCCCCCGAAUCUACCUGUCCCUGGCAGAGGAGCUCACACCUUGGCAGGGAAAUUUGAGGAUGGAGCCUCAUCCUGCAAACGCCAGCACACGAGAACCGCCCCGCGCUCCCCCUGCGCCGCGCCAAACCCGGCGGUUUUCCCCCCAAAACCCGGUGUGAAAUGGCACCGAGCGGCUCAGCUGAGAAACCUCGGCGGCUGUUUUGAAACGAGGGGACACGUCUGUAAAGAGCGGGAUCGAAAAGUAACCAAAACCCCGCCGGGGAAAAUCCACCGGCUUCGUCUUUACGUGUGCACCAGGGGCCACGGGACAUCUGAUGGGACCAGAGCGGAGAGGAUUUCAUCACCCCCGGACGAUGGGAAUGCAUCUGGAUCCCUUCAGGGAGCAGCAAUAUCUCCGGGCUCCUCACUCCCACUGCUGUUCCUGCUGAAUUCAGUGCAAUAACAUCACCGUUAGGCUAUGGAUUUGGGGUUUCAUUCUCCAAGAGCAAGGACACAGCCUGAAAAGGCACCAGGUUACCCCAAACCACUGGAUUAUUUGCCCAGCUUGAGAAAAUGGUUAUUUACCAUGUAACCUGCAGAGCCCCAGCUCCGCCGUCCCCUUCUCAGCCAAACCGACUGUAUUUCCCGCAUCACGCGAGGCCGAAGAUGACAAGAAGUCUCAAAACUAAGACCUUCAGGACUGUGUUGAGAAGUAAAACAUCUCCAAGGAAAUGGAAAAACAUCACGGACCCCGUGACCGACGCUGCUGUGGACCCAACCGAUGGAGGGUCUGUCUUCCCCAGUUAAACCCAUUUCAUAUUUCAUAUAUAUCUGAAAUAUUUGCCGUGUUAUCUGUGUUUCCUACCAAGUGCAUUAUGUAGAAGGGAAUAUCUUUGCAGCCGGAAGUUUCUUUUCAUACCAUGUGCAAUAUAACUGAACAAAGCCAGGAGAAAGGAGGAGGGGAGGUGGAAAUCAUGUGGACAUUAUUUCAGCCUUGUUUUUUAAUUUAGAAAAACCUCUUGAAAGAUGAAGCAACCAGAAAGGAAACGAUAACCAGAGCUACUAAUAAGCAUCCAAGUGCUUCGUUCGGGGUGGGAGGGAGAUGGGGAAGAUUCGGUUGCUCUCACCGUUCCCUGCCCCAUGGCCACGGGCUGUUUGCAGUGCUGGUGGUGAAUAAUUUCUGUUGUGUUUUCUGCCCUUCCUGUAAAUGCUCUUUGUAAGCAGGUGUGUGCUCUACCAAAGGCUCUGAUUUAUUUUAAGACCUUAUUAAGAGAGUAACGUCUCCGCUGAUGCUAAGGAGAGCGGUGUCCGACCCCCCACAAGCUGUGCCUUGCUUUCAGGAUCUCUUCAUGAAAAACCAGGGAAAAAUUGAAUAUCCAGGGGUGGAAAAGGUAUCAAAACCAAUCCUGGCCAGUCGUGCCCCUGCUGCAUUUCACCAGAACCCGGGCGCCUCUCUCUGCUGUUCCACGGUACUUCAGUCCUGAGGGAAUAUGAAGUAUUGUGUUGCUAACACUAUAAUAAACGGGCCAUCCAUGGCCCCUUUGCCCGCUGCUGUUUCAUUUUGCAGGUGAGGGGUUAAGAGCCGGGGGUUGCCCACGCUGUUGUGAAGCUGUGAAAAUGGGGUUUCUAUAACCUCACUGCUCUUCCUAGGAAUGUAUAGGUAAAUAAUUUCAGCCCCGUGCAAUGGGAUCGAUGCUCUGCAAAGGCAUAAAUGCAAAUGGCAAAGGAGCUGAUGGUCUCUCCUGCUGCUGGUUCCCUCCACACGCUGCCUCCGUCCCAGCCUGGAGAUUAAACCCACGCGGCACACACUCCGUCCCGUCACAGCGCUGGAUUUCUGGGUGAAAAUAAUGUAGUGGGGACUCUGACGAGUACGGGAACCUGUGUCUGCAUCGCGAUAAUUCCUCGGGGAUGGUUUGGGGAACGUUCGUUUGGGCUGGAGCAAGCGAAGAGAGCUGGAGUUCACUGGGGAUGCUCAAGGGGAGACGACAGAGGACAAAUCACUCGGCACGUGAGGCAGACUCUGAAUUCGUGCCGCUUGUCGCUUCAUGUCUGUAUCCAAGGACAAGCCUUGAGGUCCACACCUGGAAAACAGAGCGAGGAGCAGCACCAAAACCUGGAUCCAUCACGGAGCAGAGCUCAUUACCCACAUUUCAAACCAGAACCCGGGCAGGAGAUGGGGAACAUCCACAGGAGACACACCUGAGAUGCUUUAGGGCGCAACCCAGGUGAGGACGCACAUCCUACCCACACGAAAGGCUCUGAAACGGGAAAACGCGGGGGAAUAUUUAUGGCAAAGCAACAGGCUGCCUGCCCCAGGCCUCUCUGCUUGCAGAAGAGCUUUGAAGAGAAGUGAAAGCCAAGCGGGUUUCUGAGCGUCGUUCGGGCUGCGGUGGCUCCAGGUCUGUCUGUGGGUCAGCAGAUGAACUCAUCUCCAACUUCAGCUGAAAUUAGGGCUGAGAAAUUCCCUGAACGGCAGGGAUGUGACGUGGUUUUUAAGGAAUGCGUCGACUUCGGUGAGGGCGCGUUUAUUUUGUUUGGUUUUAAAACAGGGAUCAUUCCUUGGCUUGAAAUCCUCCUCCUGUCUUGGCUUAUGCAUCGUUGGUGAUGGAGACCUUGGUCAUGGGGUCCCAAAGACGGAAAUCUCUGGUGCUGGGGAGAACAGGCUGAAAUAACAGUGGAAAAGCAGCGGUUUUAGUCGAAGCUGCGUUGCUGACCUCGGGGAAUGAAGAGCACACGUGGCUCUGGCCCUUAGUGGGAUGUUGCUCCUUGGGCUCAUUCGCAUUUAUUCCCAGCGUGGCAGGAACCCCAUGGAUAAAUGAAUUAGAAGGGGUUGUUGCUGCUGCGGUGCUGCUGGCACCUGGUUUUAUGCAGGUUUUGCAGCACAAGGUGCAGAGGGAGGUGGGUUGGGGAGGAGCUGGUCCUGCAGCCCCUGCGGCGUGAAAUCGAUCCGGUGUGGAAGCUGUCCGCGCCAAUUAAGGCUAAUUAGAGUGGUGGCUCUCAUUAACUUCACAUUUGGCUGUGCCCCAAUAACCGAGCAGUGGGCCCUCCCCUGGGGGCGAUGGGGCUGGGCUUAUUUUGGGGGGGAAGAUCUCACCUCCAAAACCACUGAGCAGCUGCAAACCAGCUUUGUUUUCCACUUUCCCCGCAGCACGGUGGGUUCGUAACGUUCUCCGGAGGCUGCAAAGCGGGGAGAACAACAGCUUAACAACUGAAAUCCCGAGGGACUGACCCAGAAAGGGCUUUUCCACCACGCUGGGGGUUUGGGAUGCAAACAGCCAAAGCACCAGACACCCCCACAUCACCCACGGGGGUAACGGGACAUUACCAGGAGGAGAAUUGAUUUUCUGGAUGGCAACACAGACCUGGAUCUUGGGAAGCUCUGCUCCCAAAGGUGUUAAAUUUAGUUUCUUUUGGAACAUGAUCUAGUAGCCCUUAAAUGGGGGAUAGAAUGUAUCAGUACUAAAGGUAUUUUUAUUUUUCACUGGUGUUACAGAGAGCUUUUUUAUGGCACGUGUGUAACCGUCUGUUUCCAACAGCCUCUUUGUUAAAGCAUCUCUGUGUUACGGUUCAAAAGGUGUAUUUUGAUGAGCAAAAAGAUGGGAAUAAACCAGAUUCUUUCACCCGGCUGGGUUUGGGGAAGAAAUGCAGCAGAAAUGCCCCAUUCCUGGAGCUCCCCAACCCCACCAACAUCUCCCACCCCAGCAAUCCCGUCACAUUUCCACCUCUUCUUGUCGUGCAUACUGACGGCGUUGCUCUGUUGCUCCAUGCUGUUGGGUUUCUUUCGCUUGGCCGCCAAGCCAGCUAAUUGUUAAUGUGCUUUGUCAAAAUAAUCGAGGGUUCGAUAGUCUUUAGCUGUCAGUCUGGUGUAUUAAUCUGUGUAGCCACGUCUCGAGCCUCAUGCGUUUUAAAGGUCGGUAACCGUGGUAUCAGGACGGCCGUGCUGAGAUGCUAUUGAGAGCGGAGCGCUGGGUUUGGCAAGGGAAGGCAAACUCAAAACGUAUCCAGUCGAUUAAAACAAGAAACCAACAAAAAAGGGAACGAUUUAAUGAUGGCUGACAUCGGGAGAAGAUGCAAAACGCAGCGUGCAUUGAUUCCUGUAAUCAUCCCAGCGCAGGCUGCUCAUCUUUAUUCAUAGCCCUCCAAAGCCCAGCUCUGAUGCUGAGCAUCUCAGGGGUGCUGUGCGUUGGAUGUGGUUGUUUCUCCUCUGCUGCCAUCUCUGGCAAACGCCGAACGCCAUCCCAGCCCCCUUUUCAUUUCGGGGCGCAGUUAAAGUGAUGAGGGCUCUGUCCUCGGGGCCAUCCUGGUGAGCUGGCAGGAAACCAGCCCUGGGGAGCCGGGGCAGGUAAACCACUUGUUUUAAGAGCAAAUUUUAAGACAUUUUAAAGAGGUGGCAAAAUCAGAACGCAAAAUGUCUCCUGGAGCAUUCAGAGGUGCUGAGGAGGGCUCGGUGGGCACUGAGGGUGGGAUGAGGGGUCGCAGGCGGCUGGAGAAGAGACAGCGGCCAACAGGCGGCUCUGCUGGCCCCACUGGGCUCGGGGGAGACCUCGGGACCCCCGUUCUCCAGCCGCUUCCCACGGGUGCCAGCAAAACCCUGAAUAUUUGUGUCUCUGAAACGGGGCUCUGAGCACCCCAGGGGCUUGAAUUACUCACACACUUGGAUGUUUUCGGAGGCAGAUGUUUUCUGAGACAGAUGUUGGAAUGCUGUUAUUGCUACUGAAUCCUUUUAAAAUUAGAGAAUUUGUGGGAUAACGCUUUUCUCCCUGAAAACCUUUGGGAGCCAGCGUGUUCCCCAGUCUUUUCUUUCCAUUGCACAGAGUCAGCUCAAAGUUGUCCCUUGAGCUGAGACUAAACGCAAGGAGCAGCCUUGGCUGAAUUAACUUACCCAGCUCUGUAAUCCCCACGUCUCCAUCUGCCAGCCUCUGAUACAGGUAAAUUCUGUGUCUUUUUCACAUCUUUUCUGCCCUCCCCAAGCUGACAUCCCUCUGAAGGGUGUGUUUUAAACUGAUGCUGUGUUUUAAACUGGUGCUGUGUUUUAAACUGAUGCUGAGUUUUAAACUGAUGCUGUGUUUUAAACGCAUCACUCCUGCUCCCAAGGAUGAUUUUGGGGCUGGACAAUUUAUCUGGCGAUGCACAAGUCACCGAUAGAGCUGGACUUGCACAUCGAAUAUUAUUAAGGGGAGACGUAGCCAGGAAAUUGUAAACCAGUGCCUGAAAUAGGGCAGUUUUAACAUAAAACGAUGUAUUUGUGCAAUUAGUAUAUUGGACGUGGGACUUGGUCAUUCAAAUUGCUCCGGUCUUGUAGGAAACCCAUCUUCGUUGUUGAAGGUCAGAUAUCCCCACGGCUGCAUUUUCAAGGAGAACAGGAUCUUAACCCGUCACCUGAGGUCCCAAAGCAGUGCAGAUGGGGAUGUUGGGUUGAGCACCGACCUCCAGCACAGGAGCAGCUGCUGUUUAAUUUCCCAUUGUUUACUAUGCAAUGUGUUUCCUCCCUGUCUCCCUGGGGCUGGGAUGGCUGGAUACCAUUUUGACUCUGCUUUCCCUCCUUGGCGUGCAAAGCCAAGUGAUGUUCCCAUGGCCCAGAACACAUGGCGGGUCUAUCUGAACAGUGAAGUUUUACCUUGUGAAAUUCAGUGUAUCUGACUGAAGAACUAAAGAAGGAAGAAUCCCGAUUAAUGAGGUGCCACGGGAAUGAUGCAGUUUUGAACUGGAGGUGCGAAGUGCAGUCUUGUUCCUCUGAGUUCGUUUUAAACUCUGUUUUUGCCAGUGAGCUGUGUUGCAAUUGUUAAAACUUGUUCUUUUGACACUAAUCUGAUGCUCAAACAAUCCGCUGCACCCCGUCGUCCCGUCCUCCACCGCCCUAUGGGCCCUGUGUCCCGUUACCGGUUUAAAAAGUGAUUUCGUUUGGGGUUUUAUUUUGGUCGUGUGAUUUUUUUACCUGAUGUCAAAUUUAUUUUUUUAAUGUUUGGUUUUUUUUCAUUAGAACUUGAAACUGUUCUUUCAUACGCAAAGUUCAAUAAAAUGGCCAAAACGCA